AGUUCCCUCUUUAUCACUCUCUCUCUCUAGAAAAUAAAAAAUCGAUGCCACUAAUCCAUCAAAAUCCCAAUUCAUAAACCCUAAUUCUCCACAUUCAAUUCUCAAUUCGCUCUCUUAAUGGGACACAAAUGCAAUCCACAAAACUCCUAAACCCUAAAACGGCCACCAAGGCAGCGGAAGCCGUUACCAGCACCAUGCCAAAUGAGCUGCUGCCGCAGAAAUCCCCAGCAUCUUCAAUACUGGACAAGUUCAGGUAUUUAUUGAAGCAGCGGCAACAAUCGGCGGUGGAGGAAGGUGGCGGAUUGAGCACGGAGGAUAUGGUGGAGAUUUAUGAGACAGUUUUGAAUGAAUUAACGUUUAAUUCAAAACCUAUUAUCACUGAUUUGACUAUUAUUGCCGGAGAACUGAGGGAGCACGGUGAGGGUAUUGCUGAUGCUCUUUGUGGCCGCAUUGUCGAGGUCCCAGUAGAUCUAAAGCUACCUUCGUUAUAUCUUUUAGAUAGCAUUGUCAAGAACAUCGGCCGUGAAUACAUUGGGUAUUUUUCUUCCCGUUUGCCCGAGGUUUUCUGUGAGGCAUAUGGACAAGUUGACCCUAGAUUAUAUCCUUCAAUGCGCCACCUUUUUGGCACUUGGUCAUCUGUGUUUCCAUCUUCUGUACUUAGGAAGAUUGAGACACAACUGCAGUUGUCUUCACAAAUUAAUAAUCAGUCAUCAAAUUUGACUUCCUUGAAGGCUUCUGAAUCACCCAGACCAAGUCAUGGCAUACAUGUGAACCCAAAAUACUUACGUCAGAUGGAUUCAAGUAGAGAUAAUGUUGGAGCUGACCGUGCAUCUCUCACUCUUGGAUCUAAUAAGCUGCAGCCAUCAUCAACUUCCAGGCUUGCAAGACGCGUGUCGCCAUCAACAACUGGAGCUGAGAGGCCUUCGUCUUCAGAAAUCGAUGACUUUGCAGCAGGAAAUUCUCCCCGAAGGUUCAUGGAGGGGCUGUCCCCAUCUCAUCCUCCAUUUGAUUAUGGACAUGGCAGAGUUGUUGUCAGAGAUGAUGAGACAAAUGAAUUGAGAAGAAAACACUAUUCUGAUGAUAACCAUUACCGAUUUGAAGCUUCUGCCAGAUCUCUCAGCAAUGGACAUGAGCAACAAGGACCCAGAGCUUUAAUAGAUGCAUAUGGGGAUGAUAGGGGGAAGAGAAUUCCAAAUAGUAAACCAUUGCACAUUGAACAGUUGGCUGUAAUUGGCAUGCGUGAUAAGGUGGCUCCAAGAUCAUGGCAGAAUACUGAAGAGGAGGAAUUUGAUUGGGAAGAUAUGAGCCCUACUUUGUUAGAUCGUGGUAGGAGCAAUGAUUUCUUGCCACCAUCUGUUCCACCUUUUGGAAGUGUUGUUCCAAGGCCUGGCUUUGGAAGGCUAAAUGCUAUCCGUGCAGACUGUGAUAUUAGGAGCAAUGGGUCUAGUGUGACUCCAAUGGCUUUGGUGGAUGACUCCUCUAAUAUGGGUGGAGAUGCAGUCUCGAUUCUUGGUCCUGGCCAUGGAUCAACAAACAAGAUGCCUGGACUCCUGACUGAGAGAAAUCAUAUAUCGGGUUCUCGUUAUUCUCAAGAAGCUUGGAAUUUUCCGCCUCACAUCCGUCAGCCAUCACAUCUCCUGAAUGCCAAAGGAAGAGGAAGGGAUUUCCAGAUGCCCUUAUCUGGUAGUGGUGUAUCCUCUAUGGGUGGAGAGAAUUUCAAUCCACUUGUUGAUAAACUUCCAGAUAUGGAUGCACAGCUUGUUAGGCCUCCUGCAAUUGCAUCAAGAUUCGGUUCUAGCAUUGACUCUAAUAGUUCUGGUACCUGGUCAAGUGCUGUGCCUCCAAUAUCAGGGGCCUGGCCUCCAGUAAAUGUACACAAGUCUCUCCCACCUCCUGUGCAUUCUAGUUUUCCACCAGAAAAGCAGGGUAGAGGUCAGUUUGAUCCAGUAAAUACCAACAGUACUGUCACAAAUCAGGCUUUGCAAAAAGCUUCAGUUAUGCCUGAACAAUCAUUUAAUAGUUUUGAGAGCAAAGAUUAUGUUUUGAUGAAGCCAACACCAUUGCCUAAUCAACAUGCUGGUUUGAAUCAGCAAAACCAGGCACAUUUUAAUCCUUUUCAGCCAAAGUUUCUUCCAUCUCAUGAAGCCCGAGAAAAUUUUCAUCCAUCUGGGAUAGCUUUACUGCCACCUCGUCGACUGGCACGACCAAUGAAUCAUGGAUACACCACACAUGGGCAUAGUUCCUCAAAUGUGCUACCUGCUGUACAACUGCCUUUAGCGGUCAGCAAUGUUCCAAACACCUUGCAUUCACAGGUGGGGGUUCGGCCAACUUUGCCACAAGGUCCUUCUCAAACGAUUCCUUUCCCUCAGAAUGCGAGUUCAGGUGCCCUCGCCCAACCAUCUGGCAGUGCAUUUUCUGGUUUGAUUAAUUCUCUCAUGGCUCAAGGUUUGAUCACGAUGACAAAACAAACACCUUUACAGGACUCUGUAGGGCUUGAGUUCAAUGCUGACCUUCUCAAAUUGCGCUAUGAAUCUGCAAUAAGUGCAUUAUAUUCUGACCUUCCAAGACAGUGCACAACAUGUGGCCUUCGAUUAAAGUGUCAAGAAGAGCACAGUAGUCACAUGGAUUGGCAUGUUACUAAGAACCGGAUGUCCAAAAACCGUAAGCAGAACCCUUCUCGCAAGUGGUUUGUAAGUGCAAGUAUGUGGCUUAGUGGUGCAGAGGCAUUGGGAACUGACGCAGUUCCUGGAUUUUUACCCACUGAGACCAUCGUGGAGAAGAAGGAUGAUGAUGAAAUGGCUGUUCCUGCUGACGAAGAGCAGAGUACAUGUGCAUUAUGUGGAGAGCCUUUUGAUGAUUUCUACAGUGAUGAGACUGAGGAAUGGAUGUAUAAAGGAGCUGUCUACCUGAAUGCUUCUGAUGGGUCAACGGCAGACAUGGAUAGGUCUCAGUUAGGCCCUAUUGUACAUGCUAAAUGCAGGUCCGAUUCUAGUGGGGUUCCCUCUGAAGAUUUUGGACAUGAAGAAGGGGGCAAUACUGAAGAAGGUAGUCGAAAACGAAUGCGGAGUUAACAUUCUAUAGAUCAGCUUCCAAGUCUCUUGUAACUUAGAGUUUCUUCAUGUUAGCGGUAUGCUUUUACUUGUUUUACAGUUGCAUUGGACUGUGCAAUGCCUUGGCUAUAUGCCCAAAUCAUGUACAUGUAUAGUGGGGCUUGUACCAUGCAUUAUAUCAUGCAGAAAAAAAUUAAAAGUUGUCUUUCUAACAUUCAGAGGGAUAUUUAAAACCAUUUUUUUCAUAUGCAAAAAAAGAAGGAAUGUUUUCAGUUGUUUUUGUUGGUCGCUUAUGGAGGCUGAAAAAAAAAAUGCAAUACAGAAUGCAUGAAUGGUUUGAGUUUUAUUCCGAGGGCACUCGAUAAUCCACUGUAAUUGUUAGACUGCUGGAGUUUCUGGGUUGUCUGUUUUUGCAGUUUGUUUUGACUUUCUGCAGGGACUGCACAGAGCACCAGUUAGCCGUCACCAUUUUAAGUUGAUUCUCUAGAAGGCCUGAACGUCUCAUAAUAAGCUUAAUUCCUCACAGAUGGAUGAAUUGGUGGCAGCAACAGCACAUCAGUGACAUAAUUUCUGCCCUCUGUUUUUCAUCUUUUUUUUGUUUUUUGUUUUUUGCCUUUUCCUGCUGUAAUAUUAUCAAUGAGCCCAAACUUUGCUGUCCAGAAGCCGCAGGGUCAUUUUUAUUUGGAGCAGAACGUCAUUGCCACCCAUCCGCUCGGACGCGGAUCUGCUUGAUGCUUACUUGAAAGAUUAUGGUUAUCAUUUAUGAACUUCAAUGACAAUUCUCAUCUGACAAGA